CCAAAAUGAUAUUUAUCCAUGUUUUCUUAACAAAUUAUGACCGACAAGUCACAAAAUCAAUCCAAAAAAAUAUUAGAAUAAUAUAAAAAAUAUCCUUAUUUUAUAAAUUUCCUUAAACCCCAUUUGAAUAGAAGUGACUGAAUCGAAGCCCUACCCGAGUCGACGCCACGCCCUCUCUAGUCGGGAAAAGAACGCAGAGAAAGAGAAUCAGCUCCAGACAAUCGAAGAUGAUUAUCCCAGUUCGUUGUUUUACCUGCGGCAAGGUGAUUGGAAACAAAUGGGACACAUAUCUUGACCUUCUCCAGUCGGAUUACUCCGAAGGAGAUGCUCUUGAUGCAUUGGGGUUGGUUCGUUACUGCUGUAGGCGAAUGCUUAUGACUCAUGUUGACCUCAUUGAGAAGCUUCUGAAUUACAAUACUUUGGAGAAGAAUGAAAACAGUUGAUGAAUGGAUUACAAUUGACCAGAAGUUGGUUUUACAGAGUGUCAUGUUACCUUUUUUUUGGUCUUUGUGCCUGUCCAUGUCUUCCCUGUUUUGUUCAGCCAGAUACAGGGGAAAUAUUUAUAGAAUGGGUUCGAGUAGAUUAUGUUGAUUUAGCUUCCAUCAUAAAUUGUCUUGACGUGUAAGGUAUGAAUGUAUCGACUAAAUCAAAAUGUUUGUUAUCAGAUGUGGUUAUGCUUUCGGAUAAAUUGAUAAUCAAUUAGAUGUAAUGUGGAUUGUGAUA